UGUCCUCCUUUCUUGAGUAAGGGCUUUUGAGUGGAGAGAACCGGAGCUACUGUCGUCGCCGCCGCCAUGGUGAAGUUUCUGAAAUCCAACAAGGCCGUGAUAGUCCUCCAAGGCCGAUACGCUGGGCGCAAAGCGGUGAUCGUUAGAUCCUUCGACGAUGGAACACGUGAUCGCCCCUAUGGCCACUGUUUGGUUGCAGGGAUAAAGAAGUACCCGCGCAAGGUCAUCCGCAAGGAUUCCGCCAAGAAAACAGCAAAGAAAUCGCGCGUCAAGUGCUUCGUCAAGCUCGUCAACUACCAGCACCUGAUGCCCACCCGCUACACCCUCGACGUAGACUUGAAAGACGUGGUUACCGUCGAUGCACUUCAGACCAAGGACAAGAAAGUGGCUGCUUGCAAGGCGACCAAGGAGAGGUUCGAAGAGAGGUUCAAGACUGGAAAGAACAGGUGGUUCUUUACUAAGCUUAGGUUUUGAGGGUAUUUAUCUUUAUUAUAGUAUCGUUUUUUGAGAAAGAAAAGUUUGAAUUUGGAUCUAGUGUUUCAAGCAUUUUGAAUUUUAAGGACGGAUUUUGAAUCUGUUCCGAUGAGAUAUUUUUAUGUGCUCUUUUGUUGUUAUCUGAUGCUAUGUUGCUUA